AUAUCUUCAUUUUCCAUGCGCGUACUAGUUGGAAGGUGGAGUCUAGCAUUAAUGCAAAAGACUCAACACUCAUAGAGUUAGGAAAGCCUUUAAAUUAACACCUUUUGCUUCUCCCAAAAAAAAAAUCCAAUCUUUCCAUAGUUUGUGUGUCUGUUUCCUUCUGGGGUAGCCACCAUCAAUGGAACAAGAAGGACAUCAAUGGAUAGUGCAUCCUCAUGAAGAAGAAGAAGAAAUUAUGGAAGAUGGUGCUUUGAUAAGAAAGCAAACUGUGUCACAUAACAAGGGCAAUUUUAUUACAGAUGAAUUAACUUUCUCAUCUUCAUCUUCAUCUUCUUCUUCUAGCAAUGGCAGUGAGCAUAGUAAUGGAGUUUGUUCAGUGGUCACAGCCCCCCCAGAUGGAUAUCCUGUUCAGAAAGAGGAAGAAGUUGCAGAGAUAGGAGGUGUUGGUGAAAAUUGCAACCAUGUUAAUGGUGAUAUAGUAGAUUAUGCAGCUGUUGGGCUUGCACAAGUGGCAGAAUUUGCAGGAACAGAAACAAAUGGAGAGGCCAUAAGUGGUGUUGUUAUGUCACAGAAUAAGAACAGUGUUUACUUUGAUGAGCAACAAGGAAUGUGGAAAUGUCACCACUGCACAUGGACCAAGCGAUUUGACAGUCCUUGGACUGUGCCAAAUUGGAAUCUUAAGGGUUACCCUGACUUGAUGACUAUCAAAACUAGGAUUCAACAUGGACCAUGUUUUGUUUGUGAAACUAAAGAUGAUGAAGUUAAUGGACUUAAUGGAGUUCAAAAUGGUGAUGCUUCUGUGUCUGUCCAUCUAACAAAUCUAGGGGAGAGAGAAUUUGAUGUACAAGCAGAUCAGCUAGUUUUUCAAAAUAGUCUAUGCAGUGAAAUCAGUGAUCAAUGUAUGAAAACCGUGGACAACAAGCUCCCUUCCACUACAGAAAUAUCCCAUUUACAUAAUUCAUCUGACAUACAAGCUACAGCUAUUACAAAUUUUCCUGAAGAAACAAGUACAAAGGAAGCUCCUAUCCUGAUAGAAGAGAUUGAUGAGCAACUGGAAGAAUUCGAUGUUGAGGCAGUAUUGGCAAAACAAGAGACGCAUGACUUGUUUUGUCCUAACUGCCGUUCUUGCAUUACUAAAAGGGUUAUCCUCAAAAAAAGAAAAAGGAACACUCAAAAAUCAGGCAGCAAAUCCAAGCGUGAUAAGCCGGAGAAUACUCAUAAUUUAGACAACGAAGCCAAGUGCGAUGAGUUACGGACUAGAGGCAGCUCACAGCUGCUAGAUAGUACUGCACAACCCAAAGCCAAGCAAGAUGUUCAUGCAAAUGUAACGCCUGAACCUGAUAUUGUUAGUCCAGAGCCAUCUGCUGAUAAUAAUCAACCUCAUGGAGAACCAGAAGUUUUCAGAUGUUUAGCAUGCCUCAGCUUCUUUAUUCCUAGUGGGAAAUGUUUAGAUAUGUUCCGUUUUGAUGGUGCCAGUAAGAGUGAAAGUGCACGAAAUCCACCAAUUAUACCUGCAAGCAACUUGCAGAAUCCUUCAAUUCCACAAGGCUCUAAUGCAAAUUGGCUCACAUCUCUAUUUACUUGGAAGAAGGGUGGAAAAACUAGUGAUGCACCCCUUGAACAUUCUGGAGCUGGUUCUGCUGAGCAGCGUAACUCAACAUUAAAUUCUAAUGAUGAACCAACCUCCCUUGAAAUUGGUCCUUCAAAAGGUCCACUUGCUGAUACAUCUGAUAUUAAGAAUGUAAAAUCUACGUCAAAUAUUAAGCAUGGACAUGGAGGGAUGAAUUCUCUGAUUUCAUCAACAAAUGAUUUGUCAUCUAUACAAUCCGGUACAAAAGGUGCUGGUGAUUUGAUGAACGGAGUGCAGAGUGAUGUGCAGAAUUCCGUAGAUUUUUUGGCAGAGAAACAAUUACUGGCUGGAAACCAGAUAUUCGGUAAGGAAGAGAAAAAGAAUGCAUCAGUGGACAUAAUUAGGACAGAUAAUGCUGAAGUUAUGUUGUCGGCUGCUACUACAACUGAAACAAUUGAAAGGGAACCUGAAUUUCUUGCUUCAACAACUGUAGGGUCUCAAGUCCUUAAGGAGUCACCAAAAGAUGGAGACAAGACACCAGAAAUUGUUAAGAAUGGUUAUUAUUACUCUUUAGGACAAGGAGCACAAUCACCACUUCAAUCAUCUGGCAGUGCAGUACUAGCAAAUGGUGUAGCUAGUAAUAAACAAAAUUCUGGAAUAGAUGUUAUCUUGCCAUCAAAACCAAAUAUUAUACUACUUGAUAAUGUGAAAAAGGAAAUUGAAAAGGGAAUACAUCAUCCUACCGGAAAUGAAAAUAAAGGUGGUGAUGUGAUACUUGAUGUAGAGAGAGGAGCAUUUGAAUCCACAACAUCUCAUACAGCAGAUAAUAUUCCAGCUGAAGAUGCUAUUAUAACAGAACUACAAACUCAAGUACAAAAUGGUGAACAACCAAGAGAUGAAGUUGGUGAACCCCAAGGAUGGGAAAUACUUAAAAGCAUUGUCUAUGGUGGUUUAGUUGAGUCAAUUACUAGCCUAGGAAUUGUGUCAUCUGCAGUUAGUUCGGGUGCUACCCCAUUGAAUAUUAUAGCAUUGGGAUUUGCAAAUAUCAUCGGUGGACUUUUCAUCCUUGGUGAUAAUCUUAUUGACUUGAAAAAAGAUAACUCUGGAGAGGAUCAAAUGCAAACGAAUGCGCAAAAUCGGUAUCAAGAAUCACUAGGGCGCAGAGAGAACUUCUUGCUUCAUGCUGUUGUAGCUGUUUUAUCAUUCCUGAUAUUUGGUGCUGUUCCUCUUGUUAUCUAUGGCCUCUUAAUCAAUAAGAAUUACCACACCGAAGUUAAGCUCGCCACAGUAGCAGCUACAUCUAUUGUGUGCAUCAUUCUACUUGCUAUUGGGAAAGUUUACACCAGCAAAGCACCCAAAUCCUAUAUUAAAACUGUGUUAUACUAUGUUACAUUGGCAAUUUCGGCCUCAGGAGUCUCGUACAUAGCAGGUAACCUAAUCAAGGACUUCCUAGAGAAACUUAACCAGCCAGAAUCAGGUUUUGCUAUUACCAUGCCCAUAUCAGACACAAGUAUGGGAUCAGCAUGGAUGUCUUACUGAAGCAGUAGGGAGUAGGAAUUUUGGAAGGAGUUUGAGCUUCUUCUUAUGCUGAGCUUCAAAGUUAGUACCUAGAGGAACUUGGUUAGAAUAAAUAUAUUUGUAGCAAGACAUGAAGGUUCAAGCAACCUUUUUAUUUUAUGUUUUGUGACUCAAUGGAAAUUAGGAAAAGAAAAUUCAAUAAAAUCUUUGUAUUCCAUCUUUGUUCCAAGUUGUGAUUUUGUCAACAGUUUUGCUGUGCUACUUGUCCAAUGGCAUUACAUUUG